CUGGCUUGGCUUGGUUGGCAGAUUGUGGGACUCGGGGACAGUUUGUCCUACGCGAGGGGACGAGGUGUGGGAGGCCAGCGGGUCCUCUGCAACGGUCUGUUAGUGGAGUCCCGGGCGCAACUGGAGCUAUGCGACUGCUCUGGACCGUCGGGUGCUUCGGUCGCGGGAUCGUCCGUCAUUUCUCCCCGGUGGCGCGGCCUGGCGGGGAGGAGUUGAGCCGCCUGCUUCUGGAUGACCUGGCGCCGACCCAGAGGCUGGAACGUCUGUUCGGUCUGUCCCCGUGCCUCCUGGCCCUGCGGGCCGCCCGCCGGAGCGUGGCCCGGCUUCUGCUCCAGGCGGGUAAAGCUGGGCUGCAAGGGGAGCGGGCCGAGCUGCUCCGGGUGGCCGAGGCCCGGGGCAUCCCUGUCCUGAGGCCCAGGCGGCAGAAACUGGACGCCUUGUGCGGCCACCAGGUGCACCAGGGCGUUUGCAUGGAGGUGAGCCCGCUGCGACCCCGGCCUUGCGAUGAGGCCACAGAGGCGAGCCCGGUAGACGACCCUCAGCAACUAUGGCUCGUCCUUGAGGGGCUCCAGGAUCCCCGGAAUCUUGGGGCUGUGCUGCGCUCCGCUCACUUCCUCGGAGUAGACAGAGUCAUCACCAGCCGGAGAAACAGCUGCCCGCUUACUCCAGUAGUCAGCAAGGCCAGCGCUGGGGCUGUGGAGGUGAUGGACGUGUUCGCCACUACUGACCUGGCCGGUUUUUUGAAGGCCAAGGCCCGGCAGGGCUGGCUCGUGGUGGGCACAGUGGGCUGCCCAGGUCCUGAGAUCUCCCAGUCCUUCAAGGUCCCCAUCACUAGCUGCCUAGAGUUCAUCUGGGACCGGCCUACUCUCCUUGUGCUGGGCAAUGAGGGCUCUGGUCUGUCCCAGGAGGUUCUUGCUUCCUGCCAGCUGCUCCUCACUAUUCUGCCCAGGCGUCAGCUGCCUCCCGGUCUUGAGUCCUUGAAUGUGUCUGUGGCCACAGGAAUUCUUCUACACUCCAUUUGCAGCCAGAAGAAGGGUUUCCCUGCACAGACCGAGAAAGGACAACUUCUCCAAGACACUUGAGAACCCUUAGCUACGCCUGGAGGACUCAGAGAGGCCCAGUAACCAGGACUGCCACUGUGGUCAGACAAACAGGCUCAAAGUGGGCUCAUCUCCACUGAGAUACACAUGUGUAGGAAUCGGACCGAGUCGCACGCCGAUUCUCACUCAGGCUUGAAUGUACCGGGCUCUCUGCCUGCGAGAGGCUGUUUAUUGGCUAUGGUCAGUGGAGACCAAGGGGGUGGGGUGUCAUUUCCAGUUGGAAAUGGUAGUUUGCUAAUGUUCAGGAUGUGUUAAGACAGAUGGUGUCUGUCCUGGAUCUUUCCUAGGACAGUCAAAGGGAUGUCUUGGCAUGAGGAAGAAUGGGGCAGUCCAGUGCAGGGCGUAUGACAUAUGAGAGUGAGGAUGUAGAGGGAAGUUGAGUGGACGCGCAUACCUACUCUUGCAGGUGAUGAGAAUUAAGUGAAUGAGGGGUUCCAUCCAGUGAGUGCCUUACAGCUGAGCUGAGCUGUCUUGCCCUGUCUCUCCAUUAGGUGGCAGUCUUGCUCUUUGCACCAUAGUUUUGCAGCUGCAAUGCACCAUUAGAGACAGGGAAGAUACAAACACACACACACACACACACACACACACAGAGAGAGAGAGAGAGAGAGAGAGAGAGAGAGAGAGAGAGAACAGUCCAACCCGAUGGAACUCAUGACCCAGAGCCCUUGCUUUUGAAUCUGAGAGGUUAUGAAGUCAGGGUCACUAUUAUGCAAUUCCAAAUAGGCUUGGUCCCCUCCUCCAGGGUCCCACAAGUAGAUAAAAAGUGUGAUAUUGCAGAAUAGUGGUCUCACUCUGGGCUGCACGUUGGAACACUUGAUAAGCAUUAAUGGAACAAGCCCAAUACAGCAGCCACCGUGUGAUGCUGAGAAGGGUGUGUAAACCCUGGGCAGUAGGAUUUUCUUUCUUUCUUUCUUUCUUUCUUUCUUUCUUUCUUUCUUUCUUUCUUUCCUUUUUGAGAUGGGGUUUCAUGUACCUAGAGUGUCCUAAAACUUGCCCUUUAGCUGAAGAUUACCUUGAACUUUUGAUCCUCCUGUCCCUACCUCCCAAGUGCAGGAAUUCAAGACACCCCCCACUGUGCCCACUCUAUGUGUAGCUGCAGGUAGAUCCAGGGCUUUGUGCAAGCUAUACAAACACUACUUACUGAGCUCCUUCUGAGCCCUAGCCUGGAUGAUCCUUUGCCGUAGGAACUGCCCCGAGCACGAUGAGACGUACCCACUAGACUCCAGGAGGUCUGUAUCCCAUCUCCAGUUAUGAAACAAAACUGUCCUCACAUGGCCAGUAUCUUGACUGACAGCCCUGAGUGUGGGAUGGAGGACCAUCUCUGGAUUGUAAUCCCGGCGGCUGUGAGACUUGGGAAAAGUCACCUCCACGCUCUCUCUAUAUCCUUUUAGGAUAUAAAGAACAACAGGAGCUUGGUGCCCGUUUCCUCUGUGAUCUCCCUGGAGUAGGGUCCGAAUGGCAGUGAGCACUUAGUACAAGGUUUGAAUUUGUUUGCAGAAGGCCUGGAGAUCUUACUUUGCUUGCUGCUCUUGAAAUUACCGAAUAAAAGCACCUAAAGGAAGGGUUUCUUUUGCCUCAAGUUUGAGGAGACACUUUCAU